AUGGUAGGCUCCGAAGCCUCCAGCCACUCCCGCCGCCGGAGCACCUCGUUGAUUGGAGGCACUGGUCUGGGUCGCUCGGGCUCCCUGAAAUCGCAGCGUGGCCACCGCCGUGUCAUGUCGGAGCACAUCGCCGAGGCCGCCAACGAGGACAAGCGCCAGCCCGAAGCCAACGAUUCCGACUCCUUCAGCGACGACGUCGAGAUGGGCAAGUUGUACGAAGACGAGGGGCUCGAGGACGACGAGGAGACGGGCUUGACCAGCAACGACAGGCGGAUACGGCGGAACAGGAAGAGGCGAAACACCAGACUAGACGAGAGGAUCGUGGGCGACGUCGCCAUAUCAAAGGAGGAGGAGAAGGUGGCCUCGGCGGCGUUGGCAAAAUCCAUAUGCGCCAACGGGGCUCUGGUAGGACUAUGGUAUCUGUUCUCCAUAUCCAUUUCAAUUUACAACAAGUGGAUGUUCGCAAAAAGCGACGACAAGAAAGUCAAUCUCAACUUUCCCUUUCCCCUCUUCACCACGUGCCUGCACAUGGUUGUGCAAUUCUCGCUCGCCUCAGGCGUCCUGUUCUUCCUGCCACAUCUUAGGCCACGACACGAUUCGCAACCGUUUCAUAAUGAGCCCGGGCGGCCACCCCCUCGUCAAGAUUCUGACCCGAACAAGCCGCUCAUGACCAAGUGGUUCUAUUUGUCGCGCAUCGGGCCAUGCGGUGCUGCCACCGGCCUCGAUAUUGGCCUAGGAAACAUGAGCUUAAAGUUCAUUUCUCUGACAUUCUUCACAAUGUGCAAGUCUUCAGUGCUUGGCUUUGUCCUGAUUUUCGCAUUCCUUUUCCGGCUUGAAAGGCCCUCGUGGAAGCUUGGCGGAAUCAUAGUGAUGAUGACGAUAGGCGUCGUUAUGAUGGUCGCUGGCGAGACGGCGUUUAACGCGCUCGGCUUCAUACUCAUCAUGGCCUCCGCUCUUUCCUCUGGAUUCCGGUGGUCGUUGACCCAGAUCCUUCUGCUCCGCAACCCCGCAACCUCGAACCCGUUCUCCUCCAUCUUCUUCCUCGCGCCCGUCAUGUUCGUGUCGCUCCUCGUUAUCGCUAUCCCCGUCGAGGGGUUCUCCGAGCUCUGGGAGGGCUUUGCCAAGCUCACCGAAGCCAAGGGCACUCUCCCCAGCAUUCUGAUCCUUAUUUUCCCCGGUACUCUCGCCUUCCUGAUGACGGCCUCUGAGUUUGCUCUGCUGAAGCGUACCUCGGUCGUCACGCUUUCCGUAUGCGGUAUUUUCAAGGAGAUUGUGACAAUCACUGCCGCAGCGCUUGUCUUUGAUGAUAGGCUCACGGCCAUCAACUUGUCGGGCCUGCUUGUCACCAUUGCAAGCAUCGCUCUUUACAACUGGAUCAAGUUCAAGAGAAUGCGUGAGGAAGCACGCAUGGAGGCGCACCUGCAGGCCGAGGACGCCUAUCAGCCGGUGUUGAACACGGACGAUGACGAGCAGCUCGCCAUCAGGAGGCCGAGCACAAGCAACCUGAUCCGCAAUUCGCUGAGCAUCCAGACGAUUGGGCAAGAGGAGAGGCAGCGGCUAAUGAGCGAGGUGCCACCUCGCGCGAGCCCGGUCAAGAGACCGGAAGAUCUGGAUUAA